AUGAUGAACAAAGACACGCAAAUCCUCAUCGUUGGCGCCGGCUGCUUUGGCACUUCGACCGCAUACCACCUUUCACAGCGUGGCUACACUUCCAUCCGCGUACUGGACCCGUACGCACCCCCCUCCUGUGAAGCAGCUUCCACCGAUAUCAGCAAGGUCAUUCGCAGUGACUAUAACGAGCCCCUAUAUGCGCGUCUUGGAAUUGAGUCUAUUGAGGCGUGGCGGUCUUGGCCGUUGUUUCGUGGGCUCUACCAUGUCCCCGGUUGGAUCCUCAGCGCGGCGAACCUGUCUCGACCCUUUGUCGAGGGUUCGAUUGAGACAUGUAAGAGGCUUGGGGUCAAGGGCCUUGAGAAACUCACCACAGACCAGAUCCGUGCUCGCUUUCCUGUUGUCACGGGCAAGUUGGAUGGGUGGAAUAUCAAUGUAUGGAACCCAACGGCUGGGUGGGCAGCUUCUGGUACAGCUAUCGAGCGAAUGGCUGGCGCUGCUCAACUGAAGGGAGUGGAAUACAUUUCGGGGAAGAACAAGGGGAAUGUGCAUGAGUUGAUCCUGGAUGAUAUCACGGGCGAUUGUAACGGAGUCGUCACUGCAGAUGGUACGAGACACGAGGCGGAUAUAGUCAUUGUGGCGGCAGGUGCUUGGACACCUUCACUAUUGGAUGUCAAGGAUCAGUUGACUGCCAAGGGACACAGUGUCGCUCACAUCCAGCUCACCCCUUCCGAAACGAAACACUAUGCCUCGAUGCCCAUUAUGGAUAACCUCGAGUUAGGCUAUUUCUUCCCACCUCAAAAAGAUGGGAUAUUCAAGAUGGCCCACAGCCAGUUCAUCACCAACGUACAAACUACAAAGUCUGGUAUCAUCACUUCUGUCCCGCACACGUUUGUUCAAGCACCCAACGAUGGCCUCCCUCUUGAGAUCGAAGCCCAGAUGCGCCGGAACUUGCGGCGCGUGUUCCCCGAGCUUGCAGACAAACCCUUCUGCUAUACACGGCUUUGCUGGGAUGCUGAUACAGCCGACCGUCAUUUUCUUGUCACGCCUCAUCCUACUCACAAAAGUCUCUUCCUGGCAACCGGCGGCUCAGCACAUGGGUUUAAGUUCCUUCCUGUCGUUGGAAAAUAUGUUGCGGAUCUGCUCGAGGGAACUCUUGAUCCGAUUAUCAUGCGUCAAUGGCAAUGGAGAGCUGGACAAAAGGGCACUGCGAAGAACCUAGCGCACUUGGAUCCUGAAAUGAAGUUGAGCGACCUCACAGGUUGGAAGGGUAGACAAAUCCGUGAAAGAAGCCAUGCUUCUAAACUAUAA